GGUUGAAUUCUUAUUAGUUUGAGUUCGAACUCCGUAAGCUAUAGACCGAAAAAAUAAUAAGACGUGGUAAAAUUGUGGUUUGAAUUUGAAUGAAUCCAAAAUAAAUUUCAAAAUUUUCAAAAUUUCACUACUAUUUUAUAAUAAUUUAUGACUAAUUUGCAAAUUUCACUAUUUGUAUAAUCGUUAUAAAUCAGAAAAUCACCCAGGAAGUUAAUAAUGACCGACGAAGAAGUGAUCAAAAGACGCCUGAUUUUCGAUGGAGAUGGCACAGGAGAUGACAGACGUUUCAAUCUGAUGAUAAAGAUGAUAACCAAAUGGGUGAACAACUCAGAAGAAUCUCAAGAAGACAGCAGCCAGAUGUAUGAUAAGAUUCUAGCACAGCUCAGCAUGAUAGAGCAUUCACGCAAGAGAUCAGAACUGAUAACAAAAUCUAAUGAUGAUCAGCUUAUCAAGUAUCACAAUUUACAUGCUGAUUAUGAGGAGAGAAUCAGCAAUAUCAAGGAAGAAAUAGCAAAUCAAUGCUUAGAGCUGGAAAAGGCAAAGACAAUCAAACAAAAUAGGAUCCAAUAUGACCUGUUAGCUAAAGCAAUUGAUGCAGAACCACCUAGAACCGACAUGAACAAACAGUUGAUAUCAUUGCAGAAGCAACUCAGGGAUUUGGGGGAGGAGAAACACAGGUUAGAACAGAAAUUGGAGAAGAGAAAGAAGCAGUUUCAUGUGCUGUCAACUUCUGCUAAUAUGCUUCAGGUUUUGUUGAAUGAGGAGGAGGAGAAGGGAGUGAUGGAAGUUAAUACUUCUCUGGAUGAUGUUAAUACAAAUAGCCCAGAACCAAUGUCUGAGUGAAUGUUUUGUAAAAUGUACAACUAGUGUAGAUCUUAAUCAUUUCAUUUUUCUUCUAGUAAAAUGAGUUUGUAUUGAAGGUUCACAUUUCAUUUCUCCAAAGUAUAUAUUAUGUUCAAACAUGAAAAUUCAAAAUUAACUUAAAGCAUAGAACAUUUG